UCGCUACAUACGUAAGAAUCGAGCGAGGUAUCCCGAAAGCCUACUUUCGGUCUUUCAACUUCCGGUCUCAAACAUGAAGAUCGAACUGUGCUCUUACAGUGGGUAUAAAAUAUAUCCAGGACACGGAAAACGUAUCGUAAAAGUUGACGGAAGGGUUUUCCAGUUCCUCAAUGGAAAAUGCGAGGCUUCACACAAAAUGAAGAGGAAUCCACGCGAGAUUAAUUGGACAGUGCUAUACAGAAGAAAGCACAAGAAAGGCAAUCUUGAAGAGAUUGCUAAAAAGAGAACUCGCAGGACUACCAAGUUUACACGUGCUGUCACUGGGCUUUCUCUUGCUGAAAUUCAGGCAAAGCGAAACCAGAAACCAGAAGUGAGGAAGGCACAGAGAGAACAGGCCAUCAGAGCUGCAAAAGAGAAACAGAAAGCUAAAGAUGCUCUAAAGAAACAACAAAAGACUCAGGCCAGCAGAACUUCUCAACCCAAGGUUAAACCAACAAUGAAAGGCGGAGCAGCAACCAAGCCUAGAGUGGGAGGAAAACGUUGAUUCUGGAAAAGGAAAAAAUAAAAAAUACACUACUGGA